GCGCGCGCGAGAGAGACAGCGGCAGAAGGAGGGGGGCGGAGCGGGCCUUGGCGUCGAGGUGCCGGUGGUGGCGACGGCGACCCGGUCGUGAGGACAAGAAUGAGUUAUGCGGAAAAACCCGAUGAAAUCACAAAAGACGAGUGGAUGGAAAAACUCAAUAAUUUGCACAUCCAGAGAGCUGAUAUGAACCGCCUGAUCAUGAAUUAUCUUGUUACAGAAGGUUUUAAAGAAGCAGCAGAGAAGUUUCGGAUGGAAUCUGGAAUAGAGCCAAGUGUUGAUUUAGAGACCCUGGAUGAAAGAAUAAAAAUUCGGGAGAUGAUCCUCAAAGGACAGAUUCAGGAAGCCAUUGCACUGAUCAACAGCCUUCAUCCAGAAUUGUUAGACACAAACCGGUAUCUUUACUUCCAUUUACAGCAACAGCAUUUAAUUGAAUUAAUUCGGCAGCGUGAGACAGAAGCUGCACUGGAAUUUGCUCAGACGCAGUUAGCAGAACAAGGAGAAGAAAGCCGGGAAUGUUUGACGGAGAUGGAGCGCACUCUUGCCCUCCUUGCUUUCGACAACCCAGAGGAAUCGCCUUUUGGAGACUUGCUCAACAUGAUGCAGAGACAGAAAGUGUGGAGUGAAGUUAACCAAGCUGUUCUAGACUAUGAAAAUCGUGAGUCGACACCCAAGCUGGCUAAAUUACUGAAAUUACUACUGUGGGCUCAGAACGAGCUGGACCAGAAGAAAGUAAAAUAUCCCAAAAUGACAGACCUCAGCAAGGGGACAAUUGAGGAACCCAAGUAAAAUGUGCAGGUGGACACUAAACCUCAGAACUGCACAGUUAUAUACAUUUUAAUCAGUCUGUGACUGAAAUAUUUUUACUACAGUUCAGGACUUUGCAAUUUGGUUGUGUGUAUUUUUUCUUUUCUUGGCAAGCAUACUUAAAGGGAGAUGGGUCCCUUUUUAAGUGCAGCAAAUUGGCAUUGAAAAGCUUUGUAUCACUUUGACCAUCUGACUUAGGCUAUGCACUGUCAUACAUUUUUAGCAAAACAAAACAAGUCUCUCUUUUUUUUAACUACUGUGCUGAAGGUUUAUAAUGUCUGGCUACUGAAACACAUUUUGGUGGCCAGUGAAUUGAUGUUGAAGCUCUUUGCAACUCUCCAGUUAAACCUAACCUGUCUCUCACUUGAACAUUGACUAUUUUCUGUGUUAAUUUAUAGCCAAACAUGCAUUCCCUAUUUAUAAACUAGCAAUUGGUUGAAGUGAUCAUUUUGUAAACCUCAUGGCAGUGUUGUUUUUCUGCAUAGAAUAUAGCAUAGAAAGCUUGUAAGCUGUAAUUGAAGAUAAUUCCCCUUGCUUUUCACACCUUGGUGACUUAUUUAUAUGGGGCUGAAUGUUAUAUUCAUGAUGGGCCUAGUUCUUUCAGAAGUAUUGCUGGAAAUAAAGACAUUUUCUUUUGUAAUUUUCAAGAACGACCAAAAUAGCCUCUGAAACACGACAUUAGAUCACUUUGUAGGUAGGUUUUCUUUGACUGAGGUUCUAUUUUUGUUUCAUUUUUCAAUACUAGUUGCAGUAAUUGCACUGGCUUGGGGGACAGCUACAGCCUCAAAGCCAACAGUGUGUAUGUGGGAGGUAUAAAAGAUACAAAAAGUGCUGUUGUGUUGCUAGGGUCAUCUCAAGUUAGAAGAAAUAUCUGUCAAUGCAAAUCCACUGAAAUGGCAUGAACGUUAUUGGACUAUAACUUAUUUUGAUGGAGUUAUUUCAACAGGUGGGUUUUUUUUGCCUUGGAUAAGUAGGACUUUGAUUUACAAAUCACCUUCCUUCUUGAAUUCCCAUCUUUAUCAUGGGGUAAUUACCACAAGCAUGCUAGGGUUUAUUUCUACCCCAGUUAAAGGCCCUGUACUUCCAUGAGGUCCUUCAGUUGCGGCAUUGUAAUCUCCUUUUAGGGUUUGGGACUUUGCAUAGCAUGCAUGACUGUCUUAAAAGCAGUGUUAACUUGUUCGGUUGAUAGUAUUAAGCACUAACCCAUCCCAUGCCAAUUCCAAGAUUACGAUCCGAAGCACUCAUUUAGUUAAGUUACUUGUAAGGCCGCUGAAGCCACUGACAAGUACAGUAGCAAAGUUGUUUACAAAGUUAUGGCUGUUUUGCAGCUGUGGAUGCAAAUCCAACCCUCCCAUGCAAAUCUUCUGUGUGGAAGCAACUUUUAUACUUUAUAUAGUCAAUGCAGUAAUCAAUUGGAUGCUUUAUUAAUAACCUCAGCUUAGUGACAAGAUGAUAAAACUAGAAUAAAGUCAUUUGGCUUCUAGCAAGCUUAGCUCUGGUCUCUGUGACUGGCUGUUGGAGUAAAAAAAAAAAAAAAGAACUUGGAGAUGUUCCACUGGGGAUGUUUUCCCUGCAAGCCUGAUAGAAAUAAAUGGAAAUUGCUUGGGAGGGAUUCCUGGGUGGUUGUGCCCGUAGUCAUUGAUGACAACUGUGAAUGCCGAUUCUUGACAGAUGAGUCCUUACAUCUUAACUGACCAUGGAGCUGUAUUUGACAGGCUGAAAACAGCUGUGUUCUUGUCUCGGAGUAUAACACUUGCAAUUCGUGUGAUGUAAUUUUUGUUUUAAGGACAAGAUGAGGCAGGGAAAGUGAAAUGGGUUGAAGCCCUUCUUCAAAUGUAAACAGCUCUUCUUCACGUUCUUGCUUCUGACGAGCAAUCUGAAGCGUUUGGAAAAAUGAAGCUUCAACUUCUAGUGUGAAGUUGGUCACUUCUGUAACAAAUGGCAUCUUUCUGCACCAGAAAUACUGCACUGCAGCCCUGUUUAAGAAGUUUCCUACAUGUUUAGAGCACUUUGCUUAUUCCAUGAGUGCAUAGAUGACUGGAAUUUUCAUUAGUUUGCUUAAUUCGUUAAUUUAAAAGCCAAAUAAGUGAUUUAAAUAUAACAGUUUAGAUUUACUUCAUUUGGGUUUUGUUAAAGCAUCACACACUGAAGCAGCUUUAACCUGUAAAGUUUUUUGGGGUAACUUGAGAGAAAAUAUUUAAAAUGGUAUGAAAGAAAGCUAUGCAUUUUACAGAAAGCUCAAGGGUGUAGUCCCAAUGGUACUUUUAGGGAUCUUUAUAUUCAUGUGUAUAUAAAAUAGUUUGCAUAUACAAAAUAUAAUAUAAUCAGUUUGAAUUAAUCUCAGAUGGGGGAGGCUGUGAAACAUAACUUAUGAAAAUAUUGUAUACAGAAAACACAGUCCUCAUUACGUAAAUGAACUUUUGUCAUAUGCAUGAGAAAUGUCUUAUUUGGUGGCUAUGGGUGAAUGGUUGCAAAUUGGUUAGCUCCAUAAUGUUAGAUCGCCACUCUUAACUGCUUAGCAUUAAAUACCACUUUGAUCAA